ACAAUACCUACUCUCGUUAUUUUCUAACCUUAACCUGCUAUUGUCGAAGUUUGUUUACUUAGAGAGCAUUUCAUUUCAAUUAUUGAUACUUGACGACUUUUUUCUUGCGCCACCGAACCUCGAUCAAACGGAGCUACUGCUCCUGCUCCAACCAUGCUUCGCUCGAACAAUACCGUGUGCCUCCUAUGCCAAUAUUCACAGAAUGUGCGAUUCGCCAGCAGAAAAUUUACGGGUGCUAUGCAAACACAAAGACACGCUUCGCAAGCACAAAGUCGACUGCCCAAGCGCAUGACACUCUCCCCUCGCGUCGCCCAACCGAACCCCAGGACAUCCGAGAGUGGCAAGCCCGUCCGAAGGCGACAAGAUGGCCCGUUUGGAGGAAUGAAUUUGAAGGAGGCCGGUAUCAGAGGAGUUCCGGAAAUUCGGCGGACGUCGGGAACGGAUACGAAAAGCAACGAUAGAGAAGGUGGCAAGACGAAUAGGAGAGAAGGUUACCACGCGUUGAAGAUGCAAAGGGCGCUGGCCCCAGUAUCGUAUAAUAGCAGGACGGUCAUCAAAGAACGACUCCAACAAAUCGACAGUUUCAAGAAAUUUCAGUUGUUGGCCAGUGUGCAGGAAUCGAUUGAGGCCCAGGCCCUGAAAGGACUGGAAGAUGUUAUGCCCACGGCAGUCCAGCGGCUUGCAAUCCCGGCACUACUCGGCGAAGCCAGCAAACACCAGAGGAAAAAGACGGUUAAAGCAGAAAGGGAGGAUUUCCUGAUUGCUGCUGAGACUGGUUCUGGCAAGACGCUCUCAUACCUUCUUCCAGUUAUUGAUGCUGUCAAGCGUGCAGAGCAACAGGAUGCGGAUGUUGAGGCUUACAACAAGAUGAAGCAGGAAGAGGACCUGAAGCAAAACAACCUCACCCUGGUAUCCCCACCAUUGACGAAUAUGCCCCAUCCUACAACUGGAAGGCCACGGGCUGUUAUCCUCCUCCCCACAUCUGAGUUGGUGUCUCAAGUUGGCACCCUUCUGAAGUCUCUGUCACAUACCGUCAAAUUUCGGUCAGCUCUUAUAUCAUCCUCUGUUAGCGGGAAGGUCAUUCGAAACCGCCUCUUCUCUCCAGGCGGAGUCGAUAUCCUGGUGUCCACUCCUCAUCUUUUGGCAUCGAUCGCCGAGUCGGACCCAAAUAUCCUGUCCAGGGUCACUCACCUUGUGAUUGACGAGGCCGAUUCUCUCCUCGACCGUGGAUUUUCUCCGCUGACUUCGGAAAUUAUUGAUAAGUCCAACCCGUCAUUACAGCAACUCAUUCUCUGCUCAGCAACGAUCCCACGAUCGCUCGACUCGUUCCUGCGCAAACGAUUCCCGGAUAUUCGCCGCCUGACAACACCAAAUCUUCACGCGAUUCCGCGUCGUGUCCAGCUUGGUGUGGUUGACGUUGAAAGAGACCCAUACAGAGAAAACAAGAACCUGGCCUGUGCAGACACGAUUUGGUCCAUUGGGAAAUCAGCCGCUGAUCACGAAGGCCCAGACAAGAAUGCUGUCGACCUUAAGCAUGUCCUUGUUUUUGUGAACGAACGUGAGAAGACGCAAGAGGUAGCGGAGUACCUCGUCACAAAGGGCGUUAAUGCGGUUGCGUUGAGCAGAGACACCCCUGAACACCGCGCUUCAGAGAUCCUUGCUGAUUUCACGUCAUCGGAAAAGCUCACCGUUCCAAGAGGAGAAAACCCUGGUAGCCUGGCUGAUAACCAGCCAAAUUACCUUCCAUUUGGACAUGUUGCACCACCGGUAAAGAGGAAUCUGCCAAAUAUGAAGGUGCUUGUCACUACGGAUUUGGGAUCCAGAGGCAUUGACACCUUGGCUGUCAGACACGUCAUUCUGUAUGAUGUGCCGCAUUCUACAAUCGACUUCAUUCAUCGCCUUGGCAGGACCGGCAGAAUGGGUAGGCGUGGAAGGGGAAUUGUACUUGUAGGGAAGAACGAUAGAAAGGAUGUGGUCAGGGAGGUGAAGGAGGGUAUGUUCAAGGGACAGGCGCUUAUCUAGAGCGGAUAUCCAUAAUUGUAUUAUACUGUAGGAAUAUUUUCCAAGAUAGAAAGGAAUUGUACAUUAGCCGCAUGGUUUACCACU